AUGUCCGAGUCAGCGAGCGCAAAUGCCCCGAAGCCAAGCAGCAGCGUUAAGCUCGUGCUGCUGGGCGAAGCCGCAGUAGGAAAGUCCUCACUUGUCCUUCGCUUCGUCAACAAUGAUUUCCAGGAGAACAAGGAACCAACCAUCGGCGCCGCCUUUCUGACGCAGAAAUGCUCCCUCCCCACGCGCACCAUCAAGUUCGAGAUCUGGGAUACCGCUGGCCAAGAGCGCUUCGCAUCACUCGCCCCGAUGUACUACCGCAACGCGCAAGCCGCACUGGUUGUUUACGAUGUCACAAAACCAUCAUCGCUCACCAAGGCAAAGCACUGGGUUGCUGAGCUACAGCGCCAAGCGAGCCCUGGCAUUGUGAUUGCCCUCGUCGGUAACAAGCUGGACUUAACCAAUGACGGUGGCGAGGCUUCCGAGGCACCCGCCGAGACAGACGGUGCCGACUCCGCUGCACAGGACGAGCAAGGUACCGGCGAAGAGGAUGAGGCGCAGGAUGCCGUUCCUGGGGACGCCCGCAAGGUCUCAACCCGGGAGGCUACUAGCUAUGCCGAGGAAGAGAGCCUCUUGUUCUUCGAGACUAGUGCUAAGACCGGCACCAAUGUCGUCGACGUUUUCACCGCCAUUGCCAAUGCCAUCCCGGAGAGCAGUCUGAAGACUGGUCGCGGUACUGGCGCUGGAACCGGACAGACUUCGCUUGGAGCGCGGUCAACAGAGGAUGCGAGAGUCAACCUGGGGGAUCGUAACGCUGCGACAGCCAAGGAAGCGCGCCCUAAGCGAAAUCGCCGAUCCCACAGCAAAUUCCCAUCCAUUCAAUCUGCGAACCUCCCCUCCGUCGACAUCACCACCAGCACUUCCCGCAGCACCCCGUCGCUCGCAAUAAUGGCUGCCAUCAACAAGAUCGCCACCAACUCGCCAUCCCGGCAAAACCCCUCCGAGCUGGAGACCGCGAUCGCCGGCGCUCUCUUCGACCUCGAGAGCAACACACAGGACCUGAAGGCCACCCUUCGUCCUCUGCAGUUCGUCUCUGCCCGCGAGGUUGAGGUCGGCCACGGCAAGAAGGCCAUCAUUGUCUUCGUCCCCGUUCCCCUCCUGGCCAACUUCCACAAGAUCCAGCAGCGUCUGACCCGCGAGCUCGAGAAGAAGUUCUCCGACCGCCACGUCCUCUUCGUUGCUCAGCGCCGCAUCCUGCCCCGCCCCAAGCGCUCCGUCAACUCUCGCUCCAACCAGACCCAGAAGCGCCCCCGUUCCCGCACUCUGACCGCUGUCCACGACUCCAUCCUCGCUGACCUCGUCUACCCCGUCGAGAUCGUCGGCAAGCGUGUCCGCACCAAGGAGGACGGCUCCAAGACCCUCAAGGUCAUCCUCGACGAGAAGGAGCGUGGUGGUGUCGACCACCGCCUCGACGCUUACGGCGAGGUCUACCGCCGCCUCACCGGCCGUGCUGUCGCCUUCGAGUUCCCCCAGAGCGGCGCUGAGUUCUAA